CUGUGCCCUUUUCAUGUACAUAACCAUAACUUGACGUUAAUGAACUAUAUCACCUACCGUACUCCGUAGCCCAACUACUCCUCCCGCUAAUUCCCAAGUCUCCACACACAUUACAACGUACAUAGGUGGAACUUCCUACAGCAAUACCUCCCAUACAACACCAUUUGAAAGGAAAAAAAGUCAACCACCUUCUCCAAAAUAAAAGCAACAGAUAAUAGAUCUCCGUUACAAAACGGGAUCAAGAAUCAGAAAACAAGCAUCCUAAAGAAAUUUACUGGCGAUUUCUAUAUCAUAAACCGGACUGAUGGAUUAAUGGCAAAGGGUACGAGUCAUAUUUUUGAAAGGCCACAAGAGUCGACAUCAUUUAACGAUAACGACCCAGAAAUAUCAAGACCACUCUCCACUGCAACUUCCAUUUCUUCAUCUUCUUCAUUUACUCCCAGGUACACAACCACCUUCACCUUGUUCACCUUGUUAUCUCCACCUGCGUUUCUUCAUCAUCAACAAUACCUUCUUAAUUAUUAAAUCCUUUUCAACUGCUCGCGACUGCCCAAUCACCAGUUGUGGAUGGUUGAGGGGGUUUAAGAGGUUAAUCUACGAGAGCCCAUACUCAUGUCUUCCAGAAUCACACGUUCAUCCGCCCGGCAAGCAGCCAGCUCCCUAGAAUCACCGGCCGCUUCUUCUGCGACUGCAUCGUCUGCAGCAGCAGCUCCACUAAGUCGCUCUUCAGCCCCAUCCCGAAAACGUAAAGCUACUGUGCGGGAAUCAAGUCCCGCUCUGGAACCUGAACCCACAAAGGCAACUCCAUCAAAGCGUCCAAAGCGUCAAAAAGUCUCAGAAACCGAAGCUCCCACACCUGCUCCUGCUUCAGCAGCAUCCUCUCGUCGAAAGAACGCAAAAGCUCCUGCGGUUAUGUCUAGUCAUAGGAAAGUUAAGAUUGAUUUGGAACGUGGUCUAGUGUCUAACAAUACAUGCAGUGAUUCUGCGGGUCCUUCCAACGAACCAUCCAAUACCACCGCCAGCUCAUCCAGGCGCAAGUCUAAUAGAAAUAAUAAGAAAGGUGGUCCAGGUCUGUUUAAAUCAUGGGCAAGACGAUCCAGUCGAAAGUAGCUAACAUGAAGCAGACGCCACAACCGGCACCCCGAGCUCGAGUAAGAAGUUAAAGAAAUCUGCCGUUGCCGAUAAGGAUGGAGACACAGCAAUGAACGACGCAGAUGGGAAGGCGCCACCACAUCCACUCGAUGACGACGAUGCCAGCGAUGACAACGAUGACGAUGAGAUUCCUCGAGAUUACGAUGGAGGUGAUGAUGAAGAUGACGAUCCAUUCGGUGGCUUCGGUGGACCUGGCGGGCCGCCUCAUGGGUUAUCGAGCACUUUGCGAGCUUUGAGCGGCAUGAUGUCCGGAGUUUCCUCUCGACUGCGCGAAAUCUUAUCACAAUUGAGGCAAAAAGAUGAGCCGUCUGUACAAUUGAUAGCAUUACAGGAACUUUCCGAGAUACUACUUGUGUCGACAGAGGACAAUCUUUCUGGUCACUUCUCUCCGGAUGCGUUUGUUAAAGAAUUGGUUGCUUUGAUGCAACCCUCUGAGUUUGAAUUUGGAGAAGGAAACCCUGAAAUGAUGCUCCUUGCCUGUCGGUGUAUUGCCAAUUUGAUGGAAGCUCUACCUGCCAGCACUGCAAACGUUGUAUACGGUGGCGCUGUUCCAGUUCUCUGCCAAAGAAUUUUAGAAUUUGCUUACAUCGAUCUAGCAGAACAGGCUUUAAGUGUGAGUGCUUCACUAUAGAUUUUCAGUUCAAAUGCUUACUUUCAUCUUAGACGCUCGAAAAAAUAUCUAUCGAAUAUCCAGCAUCAAUUGUGCGUGAGGGGGGAUUGACAGGCUGUCUGAAUAAUCUCGAUUUUCACGACACAAACGCACAAAGAACUGCCGUCACUACUGCCGCAAACUGCUGCAGAAAUAUCCCUGAGGAUUCAUUCAAUGUAGUCAAGGAUGUUAUGCCCAGUUUGCUGAACGUUUUUAACUCCAACGAUCAGAAAGUCGUUGAGCAAGGUUCACUAUGUGUAACUCGAAUUGUGGAGAGCUUCAGAUACCAUUCAAGCAAGCUCGAGGAACUCGUCAGCACCGAUCUACUCCGCGUCAUCCUUCGUCUUUUACUCCCUGGAUCUACUAAUCUUAUUGGUGCUAAUAUCCACACGCAAUUUCUCCGUGUUCUUGCUUUCACGGCAAAGGCUAGUCCUAAGUUGUCCGCCGAACUUUUCAAAAUGAACGUUGUCGAGACAUUAUAUCAAAUUUUGACUGGUGUUUCUCCGCCAAGCGCCACAGAGGACGUAGCAUCGAAGAUUGACAGUGUUGUCAUCAUGCAAGCUUUAAUUCACAGACCCCGGGAACAAGUUAUCGAAACUUUGAACGUUAUAUGUGAGCUCUUACCCGGAAUACCACGAAGUGGUAAUUCGAUGUUUGAUGAUGAAAUCGAUGUCGAACUUUCAUCAGGAGCAACAAACCCAUCAUCUGGUUCAAGAAAGAAGUCAGCUAAUGAGACUCGCAUCGAACUUUUGGAGGGCUGUAAAGAGGAAGUCAAGAGAUUUGCGAUCAUACUCUUUCCAACCUUGACAGAUGCGUUCUCUAGCACUGUCAAUUUACAUGUUCGCCAAAAGGUCCUUAACGCUCAGCUCAGAAUGCUCUCCAAUCUUGACAAAGAUAUUUUAAUGGAGGCUUUGAAAUCUGUUCCAUAUGCAUCGUUUUUGGCUGCAAUUCUUUCGCAGCAAGAUCACCCUAGCUUGGUCGUCUCUGCACUUCAAGCUACCGAGCUUCUCCUCGUCCGCCUAGAAGACAUAUAUCGUUACCAAUUUUACCGAGAAGGAGUAAUUGCUGAGAUUACUAAGCUAGCCACUCCUGAGGAAACCAAGACCGAAAAUAAACCCCCUUCUACAGGAACAAUUGAGUCAACUCCAGCCUCUGCCCAAGCUAGUGCAGAGCCUAAAAUCUCCGAAAAGGCAGGUCAGAAUGGAGAAGCACGCAACGAAGAGCACGCAUCAUCUGACGAAGAUAACGAGAACAACGAGGACGAGAAUGAAAAUGAAGUCGGACACAAUGAUGAUAUGCCAGAUGAUGUAACCGCUUCCCCAGUCAGCUCUCGUGGCUCUACAAUGUCGUUAGAUAACCCUCACCGACAUGCACCUUCAGAUUUCAAAAGUAUGCUGAACAUCAUUGCCGUCCGUGCACAAAGGUUCCUCGACGUUCAUGAAACCGAAAAGAAUAGCAAAGCUAUGAAGAAGAAAGCAAUGAAGAUUUUGACGAGUCUACAAUCCCUGGCUUCGGAUAUCAGGAACUUCUAUUUGACGCAAGGCCCCGGCAGCGGGUUUGAGCUUUUCGGAACACUCGCAUCCUAUUUCGAUGGCGAUGUUCUACAAAGUGUUACUAGUGCUGAGUUGUUAAAUUCUGAAAUCGUCCAGGUUUUACUAGAAGUCUUCAACAACCCCGAUGAACAGCUGGCCAAUGAUGCCAGAUCUGCUUUUCUCGAAGUCUUUAUGGGUCACACUCUUGCUAAGAAGUCUAACUCGGGAUCAGACACGCCUGCAACCCCAUUUGGUCUUCUCAUUCACAAGCUACAGGAUUUGUUGAGUCGAUCGGAGCAUUUUGAAGUAGUCACUGUUCACUCAAACAGCUUUGAUGGAAACAGGAGUAGUGCCGCUUCGAUGCUGGCCAAACAGAUCCGCCUUAAGUUGGUAGCUGAUGAGGAUUCCGAAAUUCCAAGAUCUUAUCGAAACAUUAUGGUAUCUAUCCAUGCUAUUGCGACUUUCAAGGCUUUGGAUGAUUACCUCCGUCCCAGAAUCAGCUUGUCUGAUCGCCCUCGGCCACCCAGAGCUAGAGAUGGACUUUCUGGUGCAUUAGCGGCCCUUGCCGCAGCCGGCUUGCCUAAUCCAUAUGCUGGUAUUCCCAACGCCCAGGCGCGUCUCGCAGCAGCAGCAGCUGCAGCAAACCCAACUGCAUCUACUCCUCGUACUUCUCGUAGAGCAAAAGCAAAGUCUGGUCCCGUUCCAACACCCGCAUCCGCCGACCAAUCGGCAUCGAAUACGCCAGCAGAAAAACCUGCUAGGCGAUCGUCUCGGCGUCAGGGAGCUCAGACUGAUCCGCCAAUCCCACCGCCUCCCAUGCAAGAAGAAGACGCACUUGCUAGUGCCCUCGAAUGUGCUGACGAGAGACAGAUGAGUGAGGAUGAUGAUUUGGAGGAUAGCGCUGCCUUAGAUACUAUUGUCGGCGACUUAGAAGAAGACAUGGAAGAAGAUUCUCCCGUCGAUCCUACUGCUGUAAACCUUGAAGUAGCAGCAGGUGGUAAGGUCACAGCCCGUAAGGAGGAUGGCACAAGAGUGGCAACUCCAUCACAAUCCGUGCCAAGCACUUCUCGCAGUAGCUCUGCACUUCAGGCAGCCGCAACCCAGGCAGCUUUGUCCACGCCAACCACAUCGUCAAGACCUAUGUCUUACGCAGCCGCAAUACAAGCUGUUCCGUCGGAUUGGCACAUCGAAUUCAGCUUGGAUGGCAAAGUCAUUGCUAAUGAGACUACAAUUUACCGUGCUGUUCAUACCAUGGCCAACACAGCCGAAGAUUACUCAAAUCGAAGUGUUUGGUCUGCUAUUCAUCCCAUUAAAUUUAAGCGCGUUCCUGGACCACCUCCUCCAGAGCCUAGCUCUCUCUCUCAAGCAUCUGAAAUUAGCACAGAAACCACUGCGUCUGGUAUUCCAGCAUCGUUAGACAAGCAUCCUGCAACAUCUUCAAUUCUUCGAUUGCUCAACAUCUUACACGCACUCAAUGCUAACCUAGAUGAUGUUUUGGCUGACAAUAAGGAUGCUUUGAAACUAAAUGCCGAGCCUUUAUCACAAUUUGUGAACACUAAGCUUACGGCAAAGUUGAAUAGACAACUGGAAGAACCCCUCAUUGUUGCUAGUAACUGUCUUCCGACCUGGAGCGAGGAUCUUGCUCGCCUUUAUCCAUUCUUGUUUCCUUUCGAGACGCGGCACCUAUUCCUACAAUCGACCUCUUUUGGCUAUGCUCGAUCAAUGACCAGAUGGCAAAAUGCCCAAUCUGCCGAUGAGUCUCGCCGAGAUCGUCAUCGUGAUGAACGUCCUUUCCUAGGUAGGCUUCAGCGUCAGAAGGUCCGGAUAUCUAGAUCGAAGAUCUUGGAGUCGGCCUUGAAGGUCAUGGAACUUUAUGGUGCAUCCCAGAGCAUCCUUGAGGUUGAGUACUUUGAAGAGGUUGGAACUGGUCUUGGGCCUACCCUUGAAUUCUAUUCAACCGUUUCGAAAGAAUUCUCCAAGAAGAAACUCAAGCUAUGGCGUGAGAAUGAUAACGAUACCGACGAGUAUGCAUUUGGUGCUCGAGGCCUUUUCCCAGCACCAAUGAGCGAAGAACAAUCAUUGAAUGAAAACGGAAAGAGAAUCUUACAUCUAUUCAAAAUGCUCGGCAAGUUUGUUUCUAGGUCGAUGAUUGACUCUCGCAUUAUUGAUGUCUCUUUCAAUCCAACAUUUUUCCGUAUUGGCGACGAGACGAACCCUGUAACACCUUCUCUCGGCGCGGUCAAAACCGUCGACCCUCAAUUAGCAAAGUCACUUAAGAUGAUAAAGAAAUUUUCUGUUGCGAAGAAGGCGAUUGCCGAGGACUCGACUCUGACAGCUACCCAGAAAGUCCUUGCGACAGAAGCAUUGGAAAUCGACGGAGCCAAAAUUGAAGAUCUCAGUUUAGACUUUACCCUUCCUGGUUAUGACAUUGAUCUCCUCCCUAACGGCUCUUCAAUUCCUGUCACUAUUGAUAACGUCGACCUCUAUCUUGAGAAGGUUAUUGAUAUGACUUUGGGAAGUGGUGUUCAACGACAAGUUGAUGCCUUCCGUGCUGGUUUCACUCAAGUCUUCCCAUACUCUGCUCUGAGAGCCUUCACUCCAGAUGAGUUGGUUAUGUUAUUUGGAAGAAUUGAAGAAGAUUGGUCACUUGAGAGUAUGUUUAUUGACCUCCUCUGAUUGCAAUAUAGAUUAAUGCUAACAUUUCUAUAGCUUUGACGGAUUCUAUCAAGGCAGAUCACGGCUUCCAUAUGGACAGCAAGAGUGUGAAGAAUCUGCUUCAAACGAUGAGCGAGCUCUCCCUACCAGAGCGCCGGGAUUUUCUUCAAUUCACAACUGGAAGCCCAAAACUUCCCAUUGGUGGUAAGUUAAAAUCUAUAUUUCUUUUAUUGACUGACAGCUAAACAUUUCCAGGUUUCAAGAGUCUUACACCAAUGUUCACUGUGGUUUGCAAACCCAGUGAGCCACCUUAUUCCUCUGACGAUUAUCUACCAAGUGUCAUGACAUGUGUCAACUAUCUCAAAUUGCCCGAUUACACCGAUCUCGAUGUCAUGCGACGACGUAUGAAUACUGCCAUUAGGGAAGGACAAGGAGCUUUCCAUCUGUCAUAAGGCAUAUGUUAAUAGUGGAAAUUGGACUGAGUCUGGCGUGCAUUAGGUCUGGUCAAACAGGGAAUUGAUAUUUUCGGGCUUGUCAUUGGAGGAUGAACAAAAUUGGGGGUUGGUUUGCUUAUUUUUGAGUCCAAACCACGAUGUAUUCAAGAGCUAUUUCUCGCAGUGUUCUCUUCUUUUUAUCGGACAAAUUUUAUUUUCUUUAAACCUUCUAUCUACUUUGUAAUGGAAGUUGGAGAGGGAGUCAAAUUGCAUGGAUUGGUCGUUUGGGCGCAUAGUUUGUGAACCGGAUCCCCUGGGAGGGGAAGGGUCGCAAAUAUGACUGGACUGGACUGGUGGAUUGGACUGGAAGGGGUUUUUUAGCUUCUAACUACUUUACACUUCUACUAUUGCUUUGCAAAACAUUCUCAAU